AUGGCGGACGGGACUCCUUGUGUUCCUCCUUCGGGGUCGCCCCGGCCCGGGCCCCCCCGCGUCCCCCCGCAAGAAGAAGGUGCUGCGGCCGCUGUGGAACCUCUGGACGACCUGAGCUCGCCAUGUUCCGUUUCGGGUAGCUCCGCGGGUACCAGCCGCGACAACUCGGCCGAGAGGGAGCCCCCCGGCGUGGCCAAGGCUGCCCCUGCCGCUGGCAUUAUGAAGGAUGUAUCCCGCCAGCGCCGUAUGCAGCCCCAGAAGAAGAAGACAGUCUCCUUCAGCACCAUGCCUAGCAAUCGCAAGCUUAACAGCACAGCAGCCUGCAUCUCUUUCAUGCUGGAGGGCUGUGAGAUGAAAAAAGUGCGUUCUAACUCCCGCAUGUACAGCCGAUUCUUUGUACUGGACCCAGACCUACGUUUCAUGCACUGGGAACCAUCCAAGAAGGACUCUGAGAAAGCCAAAAUCGAAAUCAAGUCAAUCAGGGAAGUGCGAGUUGGGAAAAAAACUCCUGUGCUGCGUUCCAAUGGCCUCUCGGACCAGUUCCCAGAUGAAUGUGCAUUCUCCAUAAUUUAUGGAGAGAACUAUGAAUCCCUUGACCUGGUGGCAAGCUCUGCUGAUGUGGUGAAUGCUUGGGUGAUGGGGCUGCGAUAUUUGGCCUCAUAUGGGAAGCACACCCCGGAUGAGGCUCCUGAGACUGGUUAUCCAAAUCCCCGCACCUCCUGGAUCUCUUCUGUCUUUGACAUUGCAGAUCUAGAAAAAGAAGGUCAAAUCCCAGUUUCUCGUGCUGUGCAGCUCAUUCGUGCUCUCAACCCUGGCAUGAAGGCCUCAACAAUUGAGCUGAAGUUCAAAGAGCUCCAGAAAGCAGACAGUAAGCGACUUGGAGAGGAGGUGAACUGUCAAAUCUUCAUAAAGGCAUAUUGUGAGCUAUGUACCAGGCCUGAUGUAUUUUUCCUUUUGGUUCAGUUUUCCAGCAAUAAAGAAUACAUGGGUCUGAGGGAUCUGAUGAGUUUCUUAGAGGCAGAACAGGGUAUGGAAGAAAUAACCGAAGAUAUGUGCAUGGAAAUCAUUGCCAAAUAUGAGCCAUCCAAGGAGGGUCGGGGAAAGGGCUACUUGGCCAUUGAUGGCUUCACUCGCUACCUCCUUUCAGCUGAUUGUGACAUAUUUGACCCACAGCACCGGAAGGUGUGCCAGGACAUGAAUCAGCCACUUUCCCAUUACUUCAUUAGCUCUGCACAUGGAGCAUGCUUGGCUGAGGACAGCUGCUUCUGGGGAGGCUCCACUUCAGACAUUGGGGGUUAUGUGGCAGCCCUUAAGGCUGGUUGCCGUAGCUUGGAACUUGUGGUUUGCGAUGGUUCAUCUGGUGAGCCUGUGGUUGGUGCAGGGAGCCGUUUGGCCUUCUCUAGAGUGGUGGUUGCUGUUGCUGAACAUGCCUUUGAGUCCUCCAAGUUUCCACUUAUCCUGUGUCUCUCAGUGCACUGCUGUGUUGCUCAGCAGAGGCUCAUGGCUGAGUAUCUGAGGAAGACUUUUGGGGAUAAGCUGUACUUGACACCUCCAAACCCAAAUGAAACCUACUUGCCAUCUCCGGAAAGACUCAAGGGAUACAUCCUCAUAAAAAGCCGGAAGCUUCUUCCAAACUGUCAGUCAAGUGAGGGAGAUGUAUCUGACGAUGAUGAGGCCUCAGAGCUAGGCCUCCCACUUUCUGAAGGGGACAGAGAGCAUCCCCGCUCUCAGCGCAUCUUGUGCCGUGAACUUUCAGAUCUCGUCAGCCUGUGCCAGACUGUGUCUUUCCAAAGCUUUGAGACCUCUCGGCGGAGCCAGUGUUAUUGGGAGGUGUGCUCUUUCAGUGAGGUGGAGGCUGGACGUUAUGCCAAUGAGGAGCCAGAGGACUUUGUGGCCUACAACAAGCGCUUCCUGUCACGAGUUUAUCCCAGCCCCAUGCGCAUUGAUGCCAGCAACAUGAACCCUCAGGACUUCUGGAAAUGUGGCUGCCAGAUGGUGGCCAUGAACUACCAGACACCUGGUCUCAUGAUAGAUCUGAAUGCCGGCUGGUUCCGUCAGAAUGGGGGUUGUGGCUAUGUGCUCCGCCCAGCAAUUAUGCGUGAGGAGAUAUCUUACUUCAGUGCAAACACCAAGGAUACCUUACCUGGCAUUUCAGCCCAGUUAUUGCAUCUCAAAGUCAUUAGUGGUCAGAAUCUGCCUAAACCCAAAGGAUCUGGAGCCAAGGGAGAUGUGGUAGAGCCAUACGUCUGCGUUGAGAUGCAUGGCAUUCCUGCUGACUGUGCAGAAAAGCGCACCAAAACAGUGCUGCAGAGCGGAGAUAACCCUGUUUUUGAGGAGACCCUGGACUUCCAGGUUAAUCUCCCGGAGCUAGCCAUUCUCCGGUUCAUGGUGCUUGAUGACGAUUAUAUUGGAGAUGAGUUCAUUGCUCAAUAUACCAUCCCCUUUGAGUGUCUCCAGACAGGCUAUCGUCACGUGCCUCUUCAAUCUGUGUCCGGUGAGCCACUCCCCAAUGCUACUUUGUUCGUGCAUAUGGCCAUCACCAACCGGCGGGGAGGAGGCAAAGCACAGCGACGGGGGCUCUCAGGGCGUAAGGGACGGCACAUGCGGGAGUACACAUCCACUAAGGCCACGGGAAUCAAGGCCAUUGAUGAAGUAUUUCGCACAGCUACUCAGCCAUUGCGGGAAGCAACAGACUUGCGGGAGAACAUGCAGAAUGCCUUGGUCUCCUUCAAAGAACUGUGUGGCCUAACACCAGCUGCCAACAUCAAACAAUGCAUCUUGAAGCUGGCCACAUGGCUUCAGCCCAGCGAGAAGGACAAUCCCCCAGCUGUCACCCUCAACCUGGGUGAAGAGUAUCCUUCCAUGGAGACCCAGGGGCCCGUUCCUGAACUCUUGAGAAAAGUACUUGCUGCCUAUGACACUAUGAUCCAAACCAGCCGGACGUUAAUUGAAUCAGCUGAUGCUGUUCAUGCCAAAAUUAUUCAGGUGCAACAAGCAGGGAUGGGGUUUCAUAAAGAAUUGCACCGCUUGGAGGCAAAAGAAGGUCUGAAAGGACGGAAGUUACAAAAAGCUCUGGAAAGUUUUGCCUGGAACAUCACUGUUCUCAAGAUUGGAGGUGAAGCUGGUGGAAUUGACAGGGAUGGGGCAGCUUUGAUGAAAGGAAAGACUUUGACAAGUUUUAUUUCUACUGGGAAACCAUUUUUGGACUUUCUGUGA